AUGCGUCCAACAGAAUCAACCUCGCAUCCUUACAUCCUUGAGACAUCCCGUGGCUCACUCAAAGGUCUCGAGCAGCGGGACCUGGCAGGAAAACCGAUCCUAUAUCGCUUCGCCAAAGUCCCUUACGCGCUGCCGCCCACGGGUUCCCGUCGAUGGCGUCGACCUCAAGCCUUGCCACAGGACUUUACGUUCAACAGCUCACAGGGCGCACCGGGGGACUACACGCGCUUUGGGCCCAUCUGCCCUCAACCCCACUAUGACCACGGUUCAAUCGCCAUCGCAAAUCCCAAUGCCGCCCCGCCUGUCGAGAAUGAGCAGGACGAAGACUGCCUGUACCUGAACAUUUGGGUGCCGGCUUCAGCUCCGCCGACCAAGAAAGGGUGGCCUGUCCAGUUCCACAUCCAUGGCGGCUGGCUCCAGGUUGGGGACGCUCUGCAGCAGAACGACACGGACCCGUUCGACCUGAUUGCCAGUACCACACCGCGCAUCAUCGUCUCGCCAACUUACCGCCUCAAUCUGUUCGGCUUCCUGGCUGGAUCCGAACUGGCUAGUCUCCAAGAAGACGCUUCACCAUCAAACUAUGGCCUGUGGGACCAACGGUGUGCGCUGGAAUGGGUGGCGAAGAACAUCCACCUGUUUGGCGGCGACGCAUCCAACAUCACCGUGGGGGGCCUGUCGGCCGGCGCCAACAGCACCUUUUUCCAGCUCAACUACGACACUCUCCUGCCUCCGGAGCAGAGACUGAUCAGGAGAGUGUACCUGUGGUCCAACGCGGUGGCGAUCCAGCCGAAUCCGACCACCUCACCGGUUCUGACCCAGCAGUUCAACGAUCUCUGCGCGAUUUUUGGCAUCCCAUCCUCGAGCCGGCCGCAAGAGAAACUCGAGCGCAUGCGCCAGGUUCCGGCCAAGGACCUGAUCGCGUCCCUGGCCAAGAUGAAGAUGCACACCUUCCGCGCGUCGACCGACGACUGUUUCGUCCCCAGCACGUUCCUCUCAGCACUGCACUCGGGCUCGUUCACGACACGCCUCGCCGAGAACAACAUCUCGGUCUUUCUCGGCGAGGUCUGCGACGAGAAAGAGCUGUACAAGAUCGUCAACCCGCCCUCGUCAUACCAGGGACUCAUGACCCAAUUAGCCAACUACUAUCCCGCACACGUGGUCAAGGCGCUGUUACCGCUGUACACGAUGCCGGCUACAAACUCGACCAACGCGGCCGAGUGGGCUGAGGUGUUUAGCCAGAUCGUGGCGGACGCACAGGUGCACGCCUCGCUCCGGGGUCUCACGCACAUCCUGCUUCACCCGCCACAACAGAGACCUGGCGGUGCCGUCGUCAAACCCCUCCCGCCCACCAACGUGCACCGAUACCGGAUUUCAUGGCGCGCCAAGAACCUCGACCGCUGGGUCUCCCCCUCGGUCGGGGUGUGCCACGGCCUCGACGCCCCCAUCUUUUGGGCAAGCGGCUGGCGCGCCGACUUCACCCAGGAAGACAAGCGUGUGAUCCAGCGCUUCUUGGCUCCCUUUGGCAGCUUCCUCGCCGGCGACGAACCCGUCCAGGGCAGUCGGGGCGCCAUCCGCGGGGAGAGGUAUGUCCGGUGGCUGGCCGCGGACGGUAACGUGGUCGACGACAAGGAGGAUGAGUUGUGGGACCGCGGCAUGCGCAUCUGGGAUAAAGUGUGGGAGGCGCAGAGGAACCUCGUGGCCAAGGAGAAGGAAAGCGGUGAGAGCCGGUUGUGA